GAGUGACGAGAUACAGAGUGACGAGAUACAGAGUGACGAGAUAAAGAGUGACGAGAUAAAGAGUGACGAGAUACAGAGUGACGAGAUAAAGAGUGAUAGAUUGACGAGAUACAGAGUGACGAGAUACAGAGUGACGAGAUACAGUGACGAGAUACAGAGUGAUACAGAGUGAUGAGAUAAAGAGUGAUACAGAGUGAUGAGAUAAAGAGUGAUACAGAGUGACAAGAUAGAGUGAUACAGAGUGACGAGAUAAAGAGUGACGAGAUAAAGAGUGAUACAGAGUGACGAGAUAGUGAUACAGAGUGACGAGAUAAAGAGUGAUACAGAGUGACGAGAUAAAGAGUGACGAGAUAAAGAGUGAUACAGAGUGACAAAAUACAGAGUGAUGAGAUAAAGAGUGAUACAGAGUGACGAGAUAAAGAGUGAUACAGAGUGACAAAAUACAGAGUGAUGAGAUAAAGAGUGAUACAGAGUGACGAGAUAAAGAGUGAUACAGAGUGCCAAGAUAAAGAGUGAUGAGAUACAGAGUGAUACAGAGUGAUGAGAUACAGAAUGAUACAGAGUGAUGUGGUACAGAGUGACGAGAUAAAGAGUGAUACAGAGUGACGAGAUAAAGAGUGAUACAGAGUGACGAGAUAAAGAGUGACGAGAUAAAGAGUGAUACAGAGUGACGAGAUAAAGAGUGAUACAGAGUGACGAGAUAAAGAGUAAUGAGAUACAGAAUGAUACAGAAUGACAAUAAAAAGUGAUGAGGUACAGAGUGCCAAGAUAAAGAGUGAUGAGAUACAGAGUGAUACAGAGUGACGAGAUAAAGAGUGAUACAGAGUGACGAGAUAAAGAGUGAUGAGAUACAGAAUGAUACAGAAUGACAAUAAAAAGUGAUGAGGUACAGAGUGCCAAGAUAAAGAGUGAUGAGAUACAGAGUGAUGAGAUACAGAAUGAUACAGAAUGACAAUAAAAAGUGAUGAGGUACAGAGUGCCAAGAUAAAGAGUGAUGAGAUACAGAGUGAUACAGAGUGACGAGAUAAAGAGUGAUACAGAGUGACGAGAUAAAGAGUGAUACAGAGUGACGAGAUAAAGAGUGAUGAGAUACAGAAUGAUACAGAAUGACAAUAAAAAGUGAUGAGGUACAGAGUGCCAAGAUAAAGAGUGAUGAGAUACAGAGUGAUGAGAUACAGAAUGAUACAGAGUGAUGUGAUACAGAGUGAUGAGAUAAAGUGUGAUGAGAUGCAGAGUGACUAGAUAAAGAAUGAUGUGAUACAGAGUGACUAGAUAAAGAAUGAUGAGAUACAGAGUGAUGAGAUACAUAGUGACAAGAUAAAGAGUGACGAUAUACAUAGUGACGAAGUAAAGAGUGACAAGAUAAAGAGUGACAAGAUAAAGAGUGACGAGGUAAAGAGUGACGAUAUACAUAGUGACGAAGUAAAGAGUGACAAGAUAAAGAGUGACGAGGUAAAGAGUGACGAUAUACAUAGUGACGAAGUAAAGAGUGACAAGAUAGAGUGACAAGAUAAAGAGUGACGAGGUAAAGAGUGACGAUAUACAUAGUGACGAAGUAAAGAGUGACAAGAUAAAGAGUGACGAGGUAAAGAGUGACGAUAUACAUAGUGACGAAGUAAAGAGUGACAAGAUAAAGAGUGACAAGAUAAAGAGUGACGAGGUAAAGAGUGACGAUAUACAUAGUGACGAAGUAAAGAGUGACAAGAUAAAGAGUGACGAGGUAAAGAGUGACGAGGUAAAGAGUGACGAUAUACAUAGGGACGAGAUAAAGAAUGACGAGAUAAAGAGUGACGAGGUAAAGAGUGACGAGGUAAAGAGUGACGAGGUAAAGAGUGACGAUAUACAUAGGGACGAGAUAAAGAAUGACGAGAUAAAGAGUAACGAGAUACAGCAUAGCAGUGUGAUGAUGUAAGAGGUUACUGUGGUGUGUGUGUCAUUGCAAUGAUUCAUUUCUUCAUUUAAUGCUGAUGUGUGUGUGUGUGUCUCAUCAUGUUAAGAAAUUGAGGAAAAGCCUGUGGCUCCCCCUCCUGUCAAUGGGCGGAAAGGCAAGUGCACACUGUGUGUGUGUGUUAUAGACUAGCCUCAUAUCCUCUCUUCCUCUUGCUCUGUCCCAGUUAAUGUCCACUCUAAAGGGUUGCACAAAUUUUUAAUUUUGACUUUCUUUCAUUUACACUUCCAGCUUCGGUGCUUUUUAAGCUUCCCAGCUGCAGUAAAUAAAGCACCAGUGUGUUCACCACCUUUAAACACCCCCCCCCCAAACCGGGGGAGCGAAUCCACACAGAUUUUAUUUACAUUACUUUGCUUAUUCUGCUCCACUCCGACUAGUCGACAUCCUCGCCUCGGGGAUUAGUCCGCUAGUCUGAACCACAACACUAGCACUAAAGUCCUCUGUUCUUUCUUUUGCAUCAGAGGUGACGUGGGAGGACCAGCAGAAGAAAGUCACUGGUAUGAAGUGCAUUUUAGGCCCUGUAGUGUGACCUUUGACCCCCAGGGGUUAGCUUUAGCGUGUGUAGUGGCGUGUUUUAUUGCUCUUCUGUAGCUUUAUAGUCUCUCAGAUCUCCAGCGGCUCUGUGACACAUGAUGACAUCAUAAAGUGUCAGGGAUCCGCCUCAUUUACAUAUGUGCAUAUCUCAUUUACAUAAUUAUCAGCGGAAAAAAGACAUUUCUCUAUCCUCUUCUGUCCAUAUCUGUCUUUCUCUCACUCCCGUCUUCCGCUUCACAUUUUCACUUCCUCUCUCAAUCGUUCUUUCUUCUUUGUCUCUGUCUCUGACUCGUCUCCUUCCACUCGUCUUUACUUCCCUAUGAUCCUCUCCUUCUCUUUCUUAACUGCUUCUUUUGUUUCUCUUUAGGACCCUCACUUUCUUGCUUUCUCUCACUCUCUGCUUUAUUCCAUUCCUCAUCUACAUCUUCUUUCGUUUUCUCUCAUUCUGUUCAUUUCUCUAUUCUUUUCUGUCUGUUUUUCAUUCUCUUUUCCUCUUUCCUCCUGUCUCACUCUAUUUUCUGUCUUCUGUCUGUCUGUCUCUCUCUCUCUCUCUCUCUCUCUCACUCACCCCUCCUUUCCUUUUCUUUCUCUCACUCUCUCUCUUUCUCACACACACUCCCCCCCCCUCUUUGACAGGAUUAUUUAUUUAUAAAGAGUUUAUCAAAAUUAACUGGAAGUCAAUAGCCACCAAUUAGCGUUAUACAAGUAGUGACAUGCUAAUUUGAAACUUUGCACUGUUACUCAUAGUUAGCAAUGUUAGCAUUUUAGCCUCUUUAAUAAUUGAUCGUUAAACUGUACAGGACGGAAAGACAGAACACACACACACACGCACACACACACACUGUAGUAGACCAUGCAGUAGCACAAAUCCUUCUGCUGUAGAGGAGUGUGUUUGUGAACUCUAACAAAUUAAUUAGUUUGUAGUGGAAGUGUGCUUAGCUUGUGUGUGUGUGUGUGUGUGUGUGUGUGUGUGUGUGUGUGUGUGUAAUAUGCUUUUCUCUGAUACUUCUUGAAACAGUUAGACAUGGGCCAAUAAUCGUUUAAUUAAAUUCCAGUUAAAUUGAGUUAUAUGUCAGUUGUUUAUUAGCCACAUAUUCAGUGACACACAACUUGCUAGCAUUAGUUAGCAAACACAAACAGUAUUUUCAGUGAAAGGACGUGGAAACACACACACACACACACACACACACACACACACACACACACAACUAACUUGCUCUCGGAAGAGUGUGCUAAUUUUAUUUAGAUGUAUAAAGGAGUAGAAUGGCUAAUUACUACAUAGUCCUUUUUCUAACAACCUAGCUAGCUAAUGAGUCGCUAGCUAAUGAAGACAUUAACCUGGAGAAACUAGCGAGGAAACUUCAUGCUAACACGCGGCUGAAGUGAUGAUAAACAGCAUGAUCUUGCACGAGAUGCUGCUGGAGUUCGGUGUAAGAGGCUAGCGUGAGGUAACUGACGAUAAAUGAUUAGCUGAUGAUUAGCAUAACAAUUAGCAUGAUGAACAGUGGCACAUGUCUAAGUGAAGUGUGUGUGUGUGUGUGUGUGUGUGUGUGUGUGUGUGUGUGUGCGCCUGACCUGAUUGCGGUGGAGUGUGUUCUACUUUUUAUUUUUUUUAAACGUGGUCAUUUUGCCUCUGUCCUGCCCUGGCCCCUCCCCCUCGUCCUGCCCUGGGGCAGUGGAGACGCUCUCAGAGAACGGAGACGCAGGUUCUCUGAAGGAUCCGUCCAGGCGGGGGAUGGACAGCUUGUCCAUGAAGUCCUCGGACAGUGAUGUUAGCGACGUGUCCGCCAUGUCCAGCGCGUCUCGGCUGAGCAGCGCCAGCUACAUGUCCGUCCAGUCCGAGAGAGCGCGGGCCGCUCGCAAAAUUAGUGGGUUUACGUCCAAAAUGAAACACAGGGCUCAGACAGCGACUCCAGGCUCCAACAUCACCAAGAGCUCCAGCGUCGGAGGAGAAAUGUGCUCGCUCGGCAGGAACGACGACGACGAAGACGACAAGAAGAGACGCUCCAGCUUUGGGGCCAAGAUGGCUGCUAUGGUGGGUCUGGGGAAGAAGAGCCAGAGCACAUCACAGCUGGAUCCAGAGGAGGAGGGAAAGAAGAAGAAGCCGGUGCGUCUGGCCAUUCAGAGGAGUGUAGAGACGGGUUUAGCUAUCGAGAUGAAGAGCAGGAUGACACGACAGCCGAGCAGAGAGACGGCAGAGGAAGGAGAGAAGCCCAAACCGGGAAAUCUUAUUUUCCCUGGAGUCAAAAUUUCAACGGACAGUCAGUUCACAGAGUUCUUGGAUGGUCUCGGCCCCGCCCAACUUGCCGGGAGACAGACCCUGGCCACGCCCCCAAUGGGUGAUAUCCAGAUCGGGAUGGUGCACAGGAAAGAGCGACUGGACGUCGAGGUGAUCCGUGCUAGAGGACUGGUGGGGAAACCGGGCAACAAACAGACACCAGCACCGUACGUUAAAGUCUACUUACUGGACAACGGGAAGUGUAUAAACAAGAAGAAGACGCGGCUGGCCAGAAAAACGCUGGACCCUCUGUACCAGCAGCAGCUGCAGUUUGAGGAGAGUCCUGAGGGAAAAGUGUUACAGAUCAUCGUGUGGGGAGAUUACGGCCGCAUGGACCACAAGUCGUUCAUGGGAGCCGCUCAGAUCCUGUUGGAUGAUUUGGAGCUCACCAACAUGGUGAUCGGCUGGUACAAACUGUUCCCUCCCACCUCGCUGGUGGAUCCGACGUUAGCUCCUUUGAGCAGUAAAGCUCCCGAAGGAGCCACCGACAAAUCGAACGUUCGCUCAUAACGGCGCCAAGAUGUCCUCUGCAUGCUUCACGCUGCGUCCCGUGAGAAGGCUGAGAGCGAGAACGCGCCGCCGUCUUCCUGCUGCCAAAAAGAGAAACCGGGAAACGGGAAGACGCAGGAGCCGAGCGUUUGGGUUCGAGCAUCGUUAACGUCAGACAGCUCAGAGGUCUGAAGCUCAAUUGUGUGACAGAAGAAGACAAAUAACACAAUGUCGAGCUUAAACAGGAGAGAUAUUUUUGGGGAUGGAAAAACACCAACCUUUGGCUGAUUUGUUUCCUUUUCAAAUGGACAACAGAGUGAGAUAUUUCUGUAGAGAAAUGAGAAGACACCUACAAAAAGCCAUGUGGACCAACCAAGGCUAGCCUGAGAGAAGGGGAAGAACAGAGGGAUAUGGUGGAGCUCAGAAAUCUAAACCUCGACUCCCUCGACAAGUGUGUGGCUGAUGGGCAAGAAACGUGAAAGAAGAGAGAAAAAGAAACAAAGGUCCAGAUUUUAAGAGAAAGAAGACAAACCUAGGCUGUUAGGUUUUCAUGUCAGUGUUGUUUUUCUAAAACUUGUGUGAAAAGAAAUAAAAACGCACAAAAAGCCAUGUGGACCAACAGUAACGGGCUAAAGAGCAGAAUCACGGACAGGAGAAAUAAAGCCAAUUUCAGUCGAUUUUAAAGGGAACGAUGAUGAUAACAUUCAUGAGAUGUUUUGUUUCAUAUGCAAAAGGACCUCAGUGUUCUCCAUACAGAGUCUGCAACAAAAAAUAAAUAAAAAUAAAAAUAACAAGAAGACACACAAAAAGCCAUGAGUGGGCUAACGAGAAAAAGAAAGAGAGGAGCUGAGAAUGAACUCUCCAAAGCCCUACUGCACUUCCUCAAUCAAGCCAGAUAAAAACUCUUCAUUAUCAAAUGUUCCAGUUUUCAAAACUUCAAGAUUCUAAAACAAAUCUAAAUAGAGACUCUUUUGCGCUCUGGUAUGAUGCUCUUUUCAGUGAUGUACUGUAUUAUUAUUUAUUUAUUUAUUUUUUUUUGCAUGGAUGCAAAUUAUACUAAAAAUAGUCAUUAUUUUUUUCAAGGCUGCUACUUAAAAAAAAAAAAAAAAAAA